AUGCCUACACUUACAAUACAGCUGCCGGAUGGCAUCAUCUCGCAACCAACCUUAGACGAGUUCCGCGAGCGAUAUGCGGCAUUGCAGCAAGCCAUUCUUCAACAACGUACCAUAAAGGCCCUCGAGCAACUCGGCGAGUUCCCAAGAAACCUCUGGAUCAAAAUCCUCCUCCAUAUUAGCUGGCGUGAUCUCAUGGCAUUUCGACAGUACAAGAUAGAGCUUGGACACGCGGGGCUCAUCGAUGGAUCUCCCGAAGCGCCUCGCCGACGUCGAUUGGAGGUCCUGCACAAAUUACAGAGAAGCUGGCGUACUCCGUCGUUCUCCAUCCCCGUGUAUGGGUACUUGCAGCAUACAUACAGCGUGCUUUCCUGCGGAAUUAUGGCUCAGCUCGUUGCAGCAGACACAAUUGAACUUUCGUUGCUUCCGUCGUCAUUGAGAGGGCAGCUCAAGCCUCUCUUGUGGAAAACCAUAACAGUACCAAAUGUCUCAAAUAUUAUGUGCUUCUACGUGGAUCCCGCCCAAGACCUGCUGGUCAUUCAGGACAGUAUGAGCGAACCAACAUAUCAUGGGAGAACACAUCUGCGUUCAUUGGAAAUGAAUGGUAACAAGCAUCCACUGGCAAGGGGUAGCCCAUUUCUUGGAGCUCCCUCGCGAUCCGUCAUCGUGCAAGGGGCGCUUCUGGGAUUUCCUUACCUUUGCGGAAUGCACGUCCUAAAUUGGCGCACAGGCAACGCAGUAUGGAGGAUGCAGUUUGAUGUAGCUGUGGACGGCUGCGCAUUCCUGGAUGAAGGCUUUCUCCUUGUCUCCGAAACCGACAGGCUAUGUGUCUAUCGUUUAAAUCCGCAUGCUCCCUGCGAUUGGCAGUACGCGGAUCGUGGUAGCUAUGUUUGUUCAAUGCACUAUCCUGUGCUUUACGAUGACAUCACAUUCCGGCGUACUCUUAUUGAUCAAGAAGCGCGAAGCUACAGGUCACAGGACAAUGCUCCGUUUCAUGCCGAUCCAGCAGUUCGCAACCUGUUCUCGCUCACUAUGUAUGUGCAGAAGUACUCACAGGCGGAACACAUCUUUCAUAUAUUGCUACCCGCGACAACAAUCUACAAGUGUAUCCGACGUGUGAUCUCUAGGAAGGUGGCGCGAGAUGUUGCAUGGGAGAACUGGGGACCGAUGGGGACGCGCAUGUUUGAGCAGCCUACCGGACCUUCCAAGACUUUCGUGUCGUCCAGCGUGCUUGCGUCGCAAUGUCUGACCACAUGCCGCGCCAGGGAGAAAGAACGUCCACAUCUCAUCAGCAUAUAUGAAACAAACCCUAUGCUCGUCACUCGGGAGGCACGAAAACACAGGGUCAGGGAAGGAAAAUCAAAAAUGAUAGCCCAAAAAAUCCUAUAUGAUCUCGGUCCCUCCAAUUUAACUGCAGAAUACCUCUUCAAGGACGUCAUUACGACGUCAUGGCCAUACAGAUUGGUUCAAGUCGAAGUUCCUCAUGCUGUGGGCGACAUUGUAAGGACAGUACUCCUCGAAGACAGUGUUUUGGUUCAGGUCAUUGGGAAUAGACAGGUGCACCAUACCCUUGGACGUGGCGGAGCGCCCAUAGAAGAUACCCCACCGUGUCCCCGGGCGUUGAGUGUUAGGCCUGAGGAAAUUGACUGGUUGAGGAAAUUGACUGGUGAAUAA